CAAGUGUCAACAGAAGAAGAAGCCUCCUCCCUCACAAAGCCCAAGAAAAAAUGUCAGUCUUCUCUAUGACGCCCACUUGCGUUGGCAAGAGCUGUUCCAUAAAAUUCUUGGCAACACCAACUAAGAAGAGAAAUGUGUAUGAAGGAGACAACCAAAUUGGCGAAAAGAAGAACAAAUACUCAUAUGAGGUGAAGUUGCUGAAGAGCUUAGCUCCACCUCUAAUGACUGCCCUUAUAGCAUUCUCUCCCAUUGUCAAUCCCCCAGUCUCAGUUGGACAAACAAUAGAUGUACAAAAGGGAGCUGCUUUGUUUAAUAAAGCUUGCAUUGGGUGUCAUUAUGCAGGUGGAAAUAUAAUCCAGCCUGGUGCGACACUCUUCUUAAAGGAUCUAGAAAGAAAUGGAGUUGACACGGAAGAGGAGAUCUAUCGCCUCACUUACUAUGGCAAAGGGAGAAUGCCAGGAUUUGGUCAGAAUUGUACACCGAGGGGUCAAUGCACGUUUGGCCCUCGUUUGCAAGAUGAUGAAAUUAAACUUUUAGCUGAGUUUGUGAAGUCUCAAGCCGAUCAAGGUUGGCCUAAAAUAGAAAAUAGUGGAGAUUGAAAAUAAUUCAUGCUUCAUUAAGUUUAAUUCAAGAAAUAGAAGAAAUUAGCACAAUUGUAUAGGUCUGUGUAGACUUCACCCUCCCCAGACCCCACUAGUGGUAUCACACGAGGNGCUCAAUGGUGUACGUACACCUCAUAGGAGUACGGUCUACGUACACCUCAUCCUCUCUCCAGAUCCCACUAGUGGGAUCACACUGGGUAAUGUUGUUGUACAAAAUGUGCAUUUCAUGUUUCUCAAUUCUCUGUCUUUUCAUCUCUCCGUCCCAUUCGGCGUUCCUGCUCACACAUCCCUACCACUAAAGGGGAUGCAGAUAGAAGUAGUCAGUCAUCUCAAGCAGACCAAUCCCAAAGUUUAUGUUGGAGUCUAAACCAUGCACGUUUAUUUUCCUUUUUUGAGGUACCUGUUGAUGGCAUGAAGGGUAGCCUCAUUUGCCUGUGUAAAGUUGACUAUGUUUCUUUCAAUCCCUAGCUGUAUAGUUUUAGUUGCCACAUGCUGGACCUGCUAGAGCACAUGCCCAUAUGCAUGUGUUAUUCUGAACUGGAUAUAAAAACUUGAGUUUGACUA